UACAAAAUAUCUUAAAUUCUUCAAAGGUCGUUCUACUGAGUACUUGGUCGCAACUCUGUAUUGGGAGGUUUCCCUUUCAAAGUACGAUCAUGGACUUAUCCAGAACAGCUUUCACAUUGCUAAGUAGGCCUUGGUCUAUUUACCAGAGAGCAGUCCAGUUCCUUCCUCCUUUGCAGGCGAGAGAAUAUGCAGCAAGGAAGGGUACAAGAGAAAAGGCAAGAAAAAAGAAAGUUAAAGUGGAGGUGAAAAAAGUUGGCUUCAUACCACACAAACUCAGAGAGAAACAAAAAGAUAAGGUAACAGUAUCAAGACGAAUAAAUGAAGAUCAUAAAAAGUUGCCAAUAGAUGAUGUUUGGAUUACCCGAUUUCACCAAUCGAAAGUCUAUGAUUUCUCUGAAGCAGUAGAAUGCCAUCGUGAAACACAUCAUCCUCACAUCUAUAAUUGCCCCAAUGCUCCAAUUAAAGCUUUUAUAGAAUUGGAUUUGAAAUCUACCAAAAAGAAUAAAUACGUUGAACCGUUCAACAAAAUUGCCAAAAUACCAAAUGUGUUUGAUCACGGGGAAAAAAGAUCAAUUUUAGUGUUUUGUAAGACUCAAGAGGUAAAGGAUGAGGCAGAAAAUGCAGGUGCAAAUCUGAUUUUUGAUGUGGAUUUCGUCAAGAAAAUACAAAAGGGAGAUGUUAUGCUGCCUGAUUUUCAGUUCAUACUUGCCCAUCCUAAUAUUCUAGCAGAACUAGUCAGCUUGAGACCAAUUUUACGGAAAAAGUUUCCAAAUCCAAGAGAUGAAACCCUUGGACCUGAUAUUGGAAAUAUGGUAAAAACUUUUCAAACAGGCAUUCAUUAUUAUGCCAUGAGAGAAGAAUCUGAAUUAGAUUAUGGCUGGAUUGAUACCUCCAUUGGAACGAUAAAUAUGAGCAACAAACAGUUAGAGGAAAACAUGAAAUAUCUCUUAGAAGAUAUAAACAAAAGACGGCCAAAACGAGAGGGACCUUUUAUUACACGUGUUUUGUUAAAAAGUGAGCCUUCAAUUGAAAAAUUCAAAAUUGACUUGGUACCGUUUUUGGGCGAAGAAGAGGGAAAACAAGAUGAUGGUGAUAGUGAUGAUGAAGAGUUGACGAUUCAGCAGAAAACAUAAUUCUGACAUUUUAAAGUUAAUAAUUGAUUUAAUGAUUUUUUACUUUAUUCAGUUACUUCUUCCUGUAGACAGAUAUUAAGAAAAAAGUGUAUUAAAAGAAAUGUUAUCACUGAUUGUUGUAAUGUUUUUAGUCAACUUUUGCAUGUAUAAACUAAAAUUUUAGAUUGUGUUUAUACUAUUUUAAGUAAACAUGUGGUAUUUACCUUU